GGACACAAUGUUUGGCAAUGUGCAGCAUUUUAAUUCAGUUGUUCAUGCCUUGUGCCGUGCGUUACAUCGAAUCUAAUCCCUUUCCUGACGAUCGAUAAACCUACCCCUACCCUUUCCAAAAACAGUGACCUGUGAACGAUGGGACUACUCAUGUCAGUAGCUAUAUCAUAUAUCGGUUUCCAUGAAGCGUUUGAGUGCAUGAAACACAUAAUCAGUGGAAUUGUGCCGGACACAGAACCGAAUUUCAAUGAACUGGUCGACUAUUAUACGCGACUGCUUCAAAAGUCGGCGAACUCACCACGGGAUUGGACCAGAGGCUGCGGUCUUGGCUAUCUCUCUCUAACCGAAGACAAAGAUGGAAGGAUAAAUUUAGCGCAAGUCAAAUACUAUGAUCAGCAACACAAUACAACAGCUCUGUUAUUUUCCACAAAAAUCUCCAGCUUCGGACAGGAUACCAUAGAUGAAAGCACUCAAACAAAUGGAGAUAUAGGAACAGAUGGAUACCUCCCUACGAAGACAAAGACAAUAAUAUCAGACACUGAUGAUUCAUUCAGUGUCGGUCAAAAAAUCAGAUCGACGACGCCUACGCGCCAAUCGCCAAACACUUUCGGUCGUCCAGGAACUGAUGAAUAUGAUGCCAAUCGAAAACUUACAUGGGAAUACACCCCCAAAGAGAAGAGUCCCAAACCUUCAUCACCCCCAGAAAUACAGUUUGAAUCGUACAGCGGUAACCAAAACGGAGAAAUAGUAUUGAGCGACAAUUUUUUAAGAUCUCUUGACGGAAUUAAGUAUCGACCGCUGCAACGACACGAUCCGAGCGGCAGACGGAGGUCAUUUAGAAAACGAGCAUCUUCAUCUUCGAAUUCAUCGAAAGAAUCGCGAGCUUCGCGAGAAGAAGAAGUUAAAAUGUUCACAUCGCUCGAAGAAGCUGAGUUCAAAAACAUGAAUAAAGAUGAGAAUUACAGUGGAUUUGGAAGUGCUCCUAAUCUAGCGGCGCGUUCUUAUUCCAGAAGUCGAUCGAGAGAGAAAUCGCGGAGCCCCGUCGUUGACGAACGGAUAGACGAAGCGCGCGCGGUCGUCAAGGAUAAUCCGGUAUCGAGGUCCUUUGAAGAGAAAAGUGAAACGAAAAUCCCCGAGGUAACUGAGGAAGAAGAAGAAAUUGAUUUUUGGGGAAAUGUGGAAGAUUAGAAGCGCUUACUCUAACGCAGCACGUUCGCAACACCGCUUUAUUUAUAAACGAGCAUGACUGAUUUGAAUAAAAAUUGUUGAUUCCUC